CACCUCAAUUGAUCAAGUCAUUUCUGUGAUAUCCUUUCAGGGUGUUACAUUGCUCAACUUGUUAAUCUUUGGUCCUCCUUUUCGAUAUAGCCUUGUCUUGCCUGGUUUCGCAAACAGCUUGUGGUAGGUUAACCUGCGCUUCUCGCCGUGAUGCCUCUAAAAAAAGGUGCAUCUAAGUCUGCCGCAACCCGAGCAGCUGCUGAUAAAGGCAAGCCGAAUAGGGCAGCCACCACAGCUAUUGCUACCACAAUCGCAACAGCGAAGCGAUCGGCAACAUCUACGGCUUCAAAGACCCGUGGACACUCCGCUAAGUCCAAUGAAGCUACCAACAGACAAACAACUAUAGUCAAAUCCGCGGCUCCAAAGAAGACCAAGGCUAGCAAAACUAGUGGUCACGAAGCUGUGUCCGCGAAAUCCGGAAAGCGAAAAGCCGUCGCCGACGAAGAAAAACCAGCUCCCGAAUCGAAGAAGGCUCGUGUCGCCCGACCUCGGGUGACGAAGCCGAAACCCAAGGUUAUCAUCAACGAUGCUCCCACCACCCGCCUAAAUGUCUAUGUCUGCGGCGAAGGUAGCUCCGGCGAGCUGGGUCUCGGAGCAGGGAAGACCGCCAUCGACGUAAAAAGGCCUCGUCUCAAUCCACACUUGCCAGCAGACCGAGUCGGUGUUGUACAAGUCGCAGUGGGCGGGAUGCAUUGUGUGGCGCUUACAUACGACAACAAGAUUCUUACAUGGGGUGUCAAUGACCAGGGAGCGCUUGGAAGGGAUACAACCUGGGACGGGGGCUUCAGAGAUGUGGACGAAGCUAAGAGCGACUCGGAUUCAGAUUCUGACGACGACACUGGCCUGAACCCGAACGAGUCGACUCCUACUGCUAUUCCAUCUGACGUUUUCCCAGAGGGUACUAUUUUUGUGGAAGUUGCUGCUGGCGACAGCUCUAGUUUUGCCCUCACGGAUGAAGGUCAAGUCUAUGGCUGGGGAACUUUCCGGAGUAAUGAUGGCAUCUUGGGCUUUGAUCCUCAUAACAAGAUACAAGCUAUCCCCACUCAUAUUCCUUCGCUGAAGAUGAUAAAACACCUGGUUUGUGGUGACAACCACGUUCUCGCUCUUAAUGAGAAGGGCGCCGUGUAUUCAUGGGGCUCUGGGCAGCAGAACCAGCUAGGCCGCCGUAUCAUUGAGAGGAAUAGGCUAAACGGGCUUCAGCCACGCGAGUUUGGCCUACCCAAGAGUAUUGUGCACAUUGCUUGUGGUGCUUUCCAUUCCUUUGCCGUACACCAAUCUGGUAAUGUCUACGCUUGGGGUCUCAACAGUUUUGGUGAGACGGGUAUCAGGGCCGGUGCUGGUGAUGAUGAAGCUGCAAUUGUCCACCCUACAAUUGUCGAUUCGCUGUCGAACCAGGAUAUCAUUCAGUUGUGCGGCGGCGCUCACCAUUCACUUGCCGCCACCAGCAGCGGUCAAUGUCUCGUCUGGGGACGAUUGGACGGGUUUCAGACGGGUUUGAAGAUCGAAACCCUCCCUGAAGAAGCGGUCAUAAAAGAUGAGCGUGGGCGUCCGCGCAUCCUUAUAGCACCAAUGUCCGUGCCUGGAAUCGAGGCCAAUGCCGUUGCGGCAGGCUCAGAUCACUCGAUUGCCAUCGAUGUCGAUGGCCGGCCUUGGUCAUGGGGGUUUUCUGCCACCUAUCAAACUGGCCAAGGCACACAGGACGACAUUGAGGUAGCAACGCUUGUCGAAAAUACUGCUGUCCGGGGGAAGAGAUUGAACUGGGCGGGUGCGGGCGGCCAAUUCUCUGUAUUUACCGAACCUGUAACACUAUGAUCGUCUCCAAACUGGCUAUACUUCAUCUACAAGAGGCG